AUGCCUGGACUCAUGCAAGCUCUUGUCGCUGAUGACACCAGAGUGGAGGGACAGGACCCUUUGAUCCAGCCCGCCCUCCUCAUCGAAGAAAUCCCCGUCAGCGAUGCAUCCCUAGAGACUGUUGUCAAGGGCCGCCGUGAGGCCGCAGAGAUUGUCAUGGGCCAGAAUGACCGGCUUCUUGUCGUCGUCGGCCCCUGCUCGCUCCACGACCCUGCCACUGCCCUCGAAUACGCCGAUCGCCUAAAGGCCCUGUCCGACAAGCUCUCUGACGACCUCUGCAUCAUCAUGCGCGCCUACCUCGAGAAGCCUCGGACAACAGUCGGCUGGAAGGGUCUGAUCAACGACCCGGACAUCGAUCAGACCUUCAAGAUCAACAAGGGUCUGCGAAUUUCCCGUCAGGUCUUCUCCGAUCUGACGGCCAAGGGUAUGCCCAUUGCCAGCGAAAUGCUGGACACCAUCUCCCCACAAUUCCUUGCCGACUUCAUCUCCGUCGGUGCCAUUGGCGCCCGGACGACAGAGUCUCAGCUGCACCGGGAGCUCGCGUCUGGUCUGUCCUUCCCUGUUGGCUUCAAGAACGGCACGGAUGGGAAUCUCGGCGUCGCGAUUGAUGCCAUUGGCGCAGCUGCGGCAAAGCAUCACUUCAUGGGUGUGACGAAGCAGGGUCUGGCCGCCAUCACCCGGACCAAGGGCAAUGAGCACGGUUUCGUGAUCCUUCGCGGUGGUAGCAAGGGCCCCAACUACGAGAAGAAGUUCAUCCAGGAGGCCAAGGACACAUUGGUAAAGAAGGGCCAGAAGCUCGCAAUCAUGGUGGAUUGUUCACACGGAAACUCCAACAAGGACCACCGGAACCAGCCCAAGGUUGCCAAGGUUGUUGGCGAUCAGCUCCGCGAGGGCGAGAAGGCUAUCACCGGUGUGAUGAUCGAGUCCAACAUUAAUGAGGGUAACCAGAAGGUCCCAGCUGAGGGCCCUUCGGGACUGAAGAAGGGUGUCAGCAUCACAGAUGCGUGCAUUGAUUGGGACUCGACCGUGUCUGUUCUUGAGGACUUGGCUGCUGCUGUCAGAGAGCGGAGAGAGAAGAACAAGGGCGAGGCGAAUACCCCAUCUAAGACCACCCUUCUUGAAGAAGACUAA